GUAUCAGUGAUGGCCAGGAUGGUCCCGUCUCCCGACUGGUUCAUCGGAGUCGACAGCUUUGACCUCUGCGUCGACGGGAACUGGCUCGAUAGCAUUACUAUUGAGGUGGACCCCCUAGACGCGGGCACAGACAACGGCUUCACCUUCACAGCCCCGAACUGGCCGACGGCCCCCCAAGGGGUCGCCUACCGCAUCACGUCCAAGUACCCCUCACACCCGGCCGGGUCGUUCUUCUACCCGCAUCUGAGAAGGCUGCCGCCGAUCGCCACUUUCCAGUUUAUAAAACUCCGCGAAUACGAACUCUCCGAAGUGUUCCACCGAAGCAGCGACGACAGACGAUACGACGUGCUGCAGCUCGACAAGCUCAGCCACAACACCAUCGACGUGCUGGACGGAAACCGCGCGCUGUCCAUAGCCGAGGAGGUGGAGAGAGCCGAGGCUCCAAAGAUAUACGCCGACGGUGCCCUAACUACGCCUGAUGGAUCAUACUCAUAUUACACUGUGGUGAACACGACAUCAGUGACGACCGAAGAGCCUCGUUCAGCCAACGAGCUGCCGACGUCGGGCCCGACAGCGAGCGAGCGGUCGGCGCUGCGCAGCCUAGCUCGCCGAUACCGGGCCCGGCGGCGGCGCAAACUGCGAGCUGACAACACCGACCCGGCUGAGCGGAGAAAGCGAAAAAGAGCGAGGCUGCUAGACUGCCGCGUGUCAGACUGGGGCGAGUGGAGCCCUUGCCACAGCGACGGCGGCUGCGUGGGCUCGGCCCUGCGCACACGCCGCGUGGUCCGGCGACAGAGACCCGGCGGCGCGCCCUGUCCUCCGACCACGCAAUCUCGAUGGUGCGCCACUAAUUGCACCCAUGAGGACUGGAGGAACAACCUCACGUAAUCUAGGAACGGUUCGUGCGAGCUGCCUUUUGCAUUUCUUCUCGAAAAACAGAUAAGACAUGACAUGAGACUUCAAGUGUGCCAGGCUUUUCAGGUGUAUGUAAUAA